CCCUUCGCUUUAUUAUUUCUUUUUUCCGCUCCUUCGAUCUCCGUUCCCCACCCACACUCUCGACGGCUCUUUCCCCGCACCGCGCCGUAGCUCGAUCGAUCUCUCUCCUCCCCCCGCCUCUCUCUCUUCGUAUCUCACCAAUCUCUACUCCCAAAGCUAGCUUGUGAAGUUGUGAACUGUUUACCCGCUGAAAACGAAUAUAUAAAUACUACCAAGUUAAAAUGGGUAUAAUUGAGAAGAUUAAGGAGAUUGAAGCUGAGAUGGCACGCACACAAAAGAAUAAAGCUACAGAGUACCAUCUUGGGCAACUAAAGGCGAAGAUAGCAAAGCUGCGAACACAGUUGUUAGAGCCUCCAAAGGGUUCUAGUGGAGCUGGAGAGGGUUUUGAAGUUACAAAGUUUGGUCAUGGUCGUGUUGCAUUAAUUGGAUUUCCAAGUGUGGGGAAGUCAACUCUCUUAACCCUAUUAACUGGGACACAUUCUGAAGCUGCAUCAUAUGAGUUCACAACACUUACCUGCAUUCCUGGUAUUAUCAACUACAACGACACCAAAAUCCAGCUUCUUGAUCUUCCUGGUAUCAUUGAAGGAGCUUCUGAAGGCAAGGGUCGUGGUAGGCAGGUUAUUGCUGUUUCAAAGUCAUCAGACAUUGUGCUGAUGGUUCUUGAUGCCUCAAAAAGUGAAGGACAUCGCCAGAUAUUGACAAAGGAACUGGAAGCUGUUGGACUACGUCUAAAUAAGAGGCCACCUCAGAUAUAUUUCAAAAAGAAAAAGACUGGAGGCAUUUCCUUUAAUAGCACCGUUGCUUUGACUCAUGUCGACGAGAAGCUUUGCUACCAGAUACUUCACGAAUACAAAAUACACAAUGCAGAGGUAUUAUUCCGUGAGGAUGCUACUGUCGAUGAUCUUAUCGAUGUCAUCGAGGGGAACCGCAAAUAUAUGAAGUGUAUUUAUGUCUAUAACAAGAUUGACGUCAUUGGUAUUGAUGAUGUGGACAAACUUGCCCGCCAGCCUAAUUCAGUUGUCAUCAGCUGCAAUCUGAAGCUGAACUUAGACAGACUACUAGCAAGAAUGUGGGAGGAGAUGGGGCUCGUGAGAGUAUAUACAAAGCCACAGGGCCAACAACCCGAUUUCACAGACCCUGUAGUUCUUUCUACUGAUAGAGGUGGCUGCACAGUAGAGGACUUCUGUAAUCAUAUACACAGGAGUUUAAUUAAGGAUGUGAAAUACGUGCUCGUGUGGGGAACUAGUGCAAGGCACUACCCACAGCAUUGUGGCCUUGCGCACGUCCUUCACGAUGAGGAUGUCGUUCAGAUAGUAAAGAAAAAGGAAAGGGAGGAUGGAGGGAGAGGUCGGUUCAAGUCGCAUUCGACGGCCCCUGCUCGGAUAUCCGACAGAGAAAAGAAGGCUCCCCUAAAGACAUACCUGUCACCGCCGCUUCCUCCUCCUCUCGCGUCUCUCUCUCUCUCUCUCUCUCUCUCUUUCAUGGCGAAGUCCUCGGCCUCCGUUCUCGUUAUUUACGUGGCCGUAGCCCUCUUUCUCCUCUUCCUCCUCGCUUCCUACUCCCCUAAAAACCCUAAUCUCCCUCGCCAGCACCAUCGCCGCCUCAAGCUCCGCUCCAACUUCUCCUCCGUUUCCUCGUCCCCUCCCUCUCCGUCGUCGUCCUCCUCCGCCGCCGCCGCCGCAGCGUCCCUCGAGCACUCCCCGAUCCCGUUCGAUCCCGUCAUCGCGAGCCUCGAGCGGCGCUUCGAGGACAGGGAAUGGGAGAGGGAGCACUACGCCUCCCUCCAUGGCGACGGAGACAAGCCCGGGAAGGAGAGUUUGACCGAGUGGGAGGACUUCAUGAAGGCGGAGGAGUACAUCAACGACGAGGACCGGUUCAACAUCACGGAUCGGAUCGCGCUGCUGUUCCCGAAGAUCGACGUCGCCCCCGCCGAUGGGUUCGUCUCCUCCGACGAGCUCACGGAGUGGAACCUCCAACAGGCGGCGAGGGAGUCGAUGCAUCGGACGGAGAGGGAGAUGGAUCUCUACGAUAAGGAUCGCGACGGGUUCGUCUCCUUCCAGGAGUACGAGCCCCCCAGCUGGGUCCGGGGAUCCGAUGAUAAUUCUUCAGUUGGUUGGUGGAGGCAAGAACACUUCAAUGCUGCGGACAUGGAUGGGAAUGGUCUCCUAAAUAAGACAGAGUUUAAUGACUUCCUUCAUCCAGCAGAUAGUAAGAAUCCCAAGCUGAUCCAAUGGCUAUGUAAAGAAGAGCUAAGGGAAAGAGAUAAAGACAGAGAUGGAAAGCUGAAUUUUCUGGAAUUUCUUAAUGGCUUAUAUGAUUCAGUACGAGAUCUUAAUGAAGUGCACGAUCAUUCUGAUGCUAUGACGGUUGUCCAUGGAAAAAAGAUAUUUGAACAGCUUGACCUGGACGGUGAUGGAUUUCUAUCAGAAGCUGAAAUUGAACCUGUCCUUGGUAAGCUCCAUCCUUCAGAGCACUAUUAUGCGAAAGAACAAGCCAAUUAUGUUAUUUCCCUGGCUGAUGAAGAUAAGGAUGGGCGCCUAAGUUUGAAGGAGAUGACCGAACACCCUUACGCAUUUUACAGCACUAUUUUCAACGAAGAGGAGGAUGAUUUUUAUCAUGAUGAGUUCCGUUAAUGUUAUACAGGUUGAUGCAUAGUAACAAAAGAUAGAGGAUGCACAUUCUUUUUCAUUACAUGCCAUACAAUCAGUUUGUCUACUUGCCUGUUUGUUCUGUUUCCAUCUAGCUAAUUUAUAGGGAGAUCUCUUUUCUUUUCUACAUUAAGAAUCGUUGAAUUUUUGUUUCCUUUUCUAUACUUGCCUGUAAUUUAUGUAGAAUUAUUUUAAAGUUAUUCAACUUCUUGUAGGGCAGGCCAUAAGUUUUUCUCGGGAAAACAUCUCUCCAGUGAAAUGUGCUUCAAGUACACAUGAAUGCAUCAAUAUUAACUAGAUGGUACAAAUAA